AAACUCAGCAGAGUCAGUCACUCAUACAGUAUCUCUGCCCGGCUCUACCUUUACAUCUUCCCUCACUCAUAACAAGGAAAUUCUUCGAUGAACAUGGACAUGUCCGUUAUCUAAGAACACUUUGUUUUUUGGGGGAUUCGAAGAAAAAAAUGGAGAGACAGCCUUUAGGUAAAAUUGUGAAACUGUCGUUUCAGUUAGAAUAAAAGGGAAGGCAAAUAGCCUGUUAGAAUGUUACACUUGUAGCUCGAUCGUCUGCCAAUUUCUCAACAGUGUUCGGAAGUCAUUGAUAUAUAUAUAUUAUAUAUAUAUGUUUUAGCUUUGUACAUAUUUCCCAUCUGAAAGCAUUGGAAGAUCUUAUUGUAUUUUUUGUCUUUGAGAGUCUCAUCAGACAACUUUUGCAUUGCGUGGACAGCAGGACAGCAGGCUAUAGGAAUGAGUCAAGCAUUAUGCUAAGAGCCUGGCCCCAGCAUGUUGGAAUUGGGCUCCUGUUCAGUCAGUGCUCAGACCCUGGCGGACCACAAUGCCCUGGGGGUGCCCCAUCUGGCCAGGGGGAGCGUCUGUGGGAGCAGCAACCCACGCCAAUACGACCUCCACCCCGAGUCAGAGAACUGGCGCAAGCACCGUCUGGGCCUGGCCGAGGGUUCCCACUCCUGCUCCCUGCUGGAACCCCAGAGCCUGUCAGACAGCCUGCUUUCCCACACAGCCAGCUUCAACACCCUCUACCUCCCACACAAUGCUCAUACCCCCCAUGGCCUCUCUCUGGAUGUGGGCAGCUCCUACGACAGGGCUGGGGAAGCGCUGGUGAUGGACCCGGACCGACCCGUCAGCCCCAUCGUCAUUAAAAGGCGCCGGGGGGGUCUCAUCGAGCAGCGGGACAUUGUUAAAGCCCACCAAGCUCACAAGAUUCAGAGCACCCCACAGGCCCUGCGCAAAGAAUGGGAAAUGGCCCGGUUCGGAGACGACGUCCCCGGCUUGUUGGGCUCUGGGGAUGGGGGCUCUGAGCGCAACAGGACCCGGGAGGGACCGGCUCUGUCUACAGGUGGUGGAGUGUCCCCAGCCUUCAAACAGACCAAGGCGCAGAGAGCCCGCACCAUGGCACUGUACAACCCCAUCCCUGUCAGACAGAACUGUUUCACCGUAAAUAGAUCACUCUUCAUUUUCGGAGAGGACAACAUUGUUCGGAAGUACGCUAAGAAGGUCAUUGAGUGGCCUCCGUUUGAGUACAUGAUCUUAGCCACCAUCAUCGCCAACUGUAUCGUACUGGCUUUGGAGCAGCACCUGCCUGGAGAGGACAAGACUCCCAUGUCCAAGAGACUGGAAAAGACAGAGCCUUACUUCAUUGGGAUGUUCUGCUUUGAAGCUGGGAUUAAGGUUGUGGCGUUGGGAUUUGUACUCCAUAAAGGCUCCUACUUGAGGAACGGCUGGAACGUCAUGGACUUCAUUGUGGUUCUGAGUGGGAUUCUGGCCACAGCGGGAGCUCACAUGAACAUCCCAGUGGACCUGCGGACCCUGCGGGCCGUACGCGUGCUCAGACCCCUCAAACUGGUCUCUGGAAUCCCCAGCCUGCAGAUAGUCCUGAAGUCCAUCAUGAAAGCCAUGGUGCCGCUGCUCCAGAUUGGCCUGCUGCUCUUCUUCGCCAUUCUCAUGUUUGCCAUCAUCGGCCUGGAGUUCUACAGCGGAAAGCUCCACAACACCUGUCUGCCCAUGCCAAAUAUCCUGGAGAAUGAGACGGUGGACAAGUCUGAGUCAGAGUUCCCGUGUGGGGUGAGGAAGUGCCCUGACAAGUACGCCUGCAGUGAAACCUGGAUCGGCCCCAACGAUGGCAUCACCCAGUUUGAUAACAUCUUGUUUGCUGUGCUCACCGUCUUCCAGUGCAUCACCAUGGAGGGCUGGACCACCGUGCUCUACAAUACCAACGAUGCCUUAGGCCCCACGUGGAACUGCAUGUACUUCAUCCCUCUGAUAAUCAUCGGCUCCUUCUUCGUGCUGAACCUGGUUUUAGGAGUUCUCUCAGGGGAGUUUGCCAAGGAGAGGGAGCGGGUGGAAAACCGCAGGGCGUUCAUGAAGCUACGGAGGCAACAGCAAAUUGAGCGGGAACUCAAUGGCUACCGAGCAUGGAUCGACAGAGCAGAAGAGGUGAUGCUUGCGGAGGAGAAUAAGAAUUUAGGACCUUCUGCUCUUGAUGCUCCCAAGAGGCUGUCUGAAUGGAAUACAGGCGGUAACCAUGUGCUGAAGAGGGCCACCAUCAAGAGGAGAGGGGUGGAUGCCGUCCAUCGGGGCCCAGAGGAAGAGCAGUACGGUGACAUCUCUUCUGUGGGCAUCCCGAUGACCAGAGCCAGCAUCAGGAGUGCUAAGAGAGGACCCACAGCUUAUUUCAAGCGGAAGGAGCGUCUGCUGCGUAUCUCUAUCCGCCGCAUGGUGAAGACACACACCUUCUACUGGACCGUACUGGGCCUGGUGGCCCUCAACACACUCUGUGUGGCCAUCGUCCAUCACAACCAGCCCCACUGGCUGUCUGUGUUCCUCUACUAUGCAGAGUUUCUCUUCCUGGGUCUGUUUCUCACUGAAAUGUGUUUAAAGAUGUACAGCCUGGGACCCAGACUCUACUUCCACUCCGCCUUCAACCGCUUCGACUGCGGCGUGAUAGUGGGCAGCAUCUUUGAGGUGAUGUGGGGGUUCUUCAGGCCUGACAUGUCCUUUGGCAUCAGUGUGCUGCGCGCUCUCCGUCUGCUGAGGAUAUUCAAGAUCACCAAGUACUGGGCGUCGCUGAGGAACCUGGUGGUAUCCCUGAUGAAUUCUAUGAAGUCCAUCAUCAGCCUCAUCUUCCUCCUCUUCCUCUUCAUCCUGGUCUUUGCUCUGCUGGGCAUGCAGCUAUUCGGUGGCAGGUUCAUCUUUGAAGACUACACUCCUACAAACUUUGACACAUUUCCUGCUGCCAUCAUGACUGUCUUUCAGAUCCUGACAGGAGAAGACUGGAAUGAGGUGAUGUACAAUGGGAUCCGCUCCCAGGGAGGAGUGAAGUCAGGAAUGUGGUCCUCCAUAUACUUCAUUGUGCUCACACUCUUUGGUAACUACACACUGCUGAAUGUCUUCUUGGCCAUUGCUGUGGACAAUCUGGCUAAUGCCCAGGAACUAACCAAGGACGAAGAGGACGAAGAGGCUGCUUUCAAUCAGAAACAUGCUCUCCAAAAAGCCAAGGAAGUUGGGGCCAUGUCUUCCCUGAUGUCAUCACACAGGAGGAGGAGACCCUACCUGUACAGGAAAAGAGCGAUACACAGGAGCAGGCCUGCCUACUCUCUGGAGGAGGCUGAGAGCCUCGCCGAGGGGCCCCCCUGCCCGCCAUUGAAUUCCUCUAACUCUUUCAUGUCCAGGGGAGAGAGGAGAAGACGGAUGACCAUGUCUGUGUGGGAGCAGAGAACCAGCCAACUGCGCAGGCACCGGCAGAUGUCCAGCCGAGAGAUCCUCUUCAGCAGCCCCAGUGAGGAGCAGGAAGCGCCCCCUGGAUGCCCCCAAAACCUCAAAGCCACAGGCAGCCUGAAGCUGGCUGAACCUACGGCCUCCACAGCUCAGCCCCCCAAGCCCAUGGACCUAACUCUAGAGGAGCCACCCCUGUCCAUGGGGGUCCUUGAGCCCCCCUUGUCCGUCCCUUUAGCAGAGCCACCCAUACCCAUCGACAGUCCCCUGCCUGACCCCCCCAUGUCCACAGUUGUGUCCAUUCCGGAGCCCACUGAAUCUGAGCCGUGCCCAGAGGGCCAGCUUGAUGUCACCGACCACUGUCACCCAGGUCUCAAUGGCCGCAGAAGCCCCAGGUUAAAUGGGGAGAGAAGGCAGAGAGCGGUGCGUAAGUUCCGCCCUCCUGCUGGUGACACCCUGACCUCUGACAUGGCAGGGAUGAGGCUCAGGAGGCCAAGGGGCACAGGGCACCACGAAGCCCAGGUUGGGGCUAGAGGCCUGGACUCACCCCAGGGGGAGGGGAGCAGUCGCUCUGUCAGCAGGGAGAGGAAGACCCCAGAGGAACGACAGGACAAGGAGAGGAGAGCCUGUAACACGGGAGAGACCAGCCAACCUUCUGAGACCAGGGAAGCUGAACACAGACAGGGUGACCCUAACCAGGCUGCGGGUCCUGAGCUGCCGAACAGGGAGGAGGGUCCACAGUCAGAACGAUUUCAGGCUGCAGUACCGGAGCUCCCAGAGGGCCAGACAGGAGACAAUGAUACUGGUAACAACGCCACCACUCUGAACCAGGAUAAGUCCCCUCUGAGCUCCAGUAUCUACAUAGAGGUGACCAAUGUUCAGUCUUCACUAGAGCUCACCCCCAUCACAGGUAAUAGUAAAGACAUGGAGGCGUCCAAGCCUGAGAAGGAAGAGGAGCAGUUGACCAGCCCAGCCAAUAUUGUCACGCCUGACAGCAUGUUCAUCUUCAAACCUGGCAACCCGAUCCGCCGGGCCUGUCACUAUGUGGUGAACCUGCGUUACUUUGAGACAUGCAUCCUGCUGGUGAUCGCUGCCAGCAGUAUCGCCCUGGCUGCAGAGGACCCCGUGUCAGCCACCUCUAACUGGAACAAAGUUUUGCGCUACUUUGACUACGUGUUCACAGGUGUCUUUACAUUUGAAAUGAUAAUAAAGAUGAUAGACCAGGGCUUGAUUCUCCAUGACGGCUCCUAUUUCCGGGACCUGUGGAACAUUCUCGACUUUAUCGUGGUGGUCGGAGCUCUGGUAGCCUUCGCCCUCACAAAUAAUAAAGGACGGGACAUCAAAACCAUCAAGUCUCUUCGGGUCCUGCGUGUCCUGAGGCCCCUGAAGACCAUCAAGAGACUACCGAAACUCAAGGCAGUGUUUGACUGUGUGGUGACCUCUCUGAAGAACGUCUUCAACAUCCUCAUCGUCUACAAGCUCUUCAUGUUCAUCUUCGCUGUCAUCGCUGUGCAGCUGUUCAAAGGGAAGUUCUUCUACUGCACAGACGGAUCCAAAGACACAGAGAAGGACUGCCAAGGCUUCUACAUUGACUAUGAGAAGGAUAAGAAGGAAGUGAAGAGGAGGGAUUGGAGGAGACAUGACUUCCACUAUGACAACAUAGUCUGGGCCCUACUCACUCUGUUUACUGUCUCCACUGGGGAGGGCUGGCCACAGGUCCUGCAGCACUCUGUGGACGUGACAGAGGAGGACAGAGGUCCCAGCCGGGGCAACAGGAUGGAGAUGUCCAUAUUCUAUGUCAUCUACUUUGUGGUCUUCCCCUUCUUCUUCGUCAACAUCUUUGUGGCUCUCAUCAUCAUCACCUUCCAGGAGCAGGGAGACAAGAUGAUGGAGGAAUGCAGCUUGGAGAAGAACGAGAGGGCUUGCAUUGACUUUGCCAUAAGUGCCAAACCCCUGACCCGCUACAUGCCUCAGAACAGACAGACGUUCCAGUACCGUCUCUGGCACUUUGUGGUCUCCCCCUCCUUCGAAUAUACUGUGCUGGCCAUGAUUGCACUCAACACCAUUGUCCUGAUGAUGAAGUAUUACUCUGCCCCACCAGCAUACGAGGCUGUGCUGAAACACCUGAACACAGCUUUCACUGUGCUCUUCUCUGUGGAGUGUGUCCUCAAGAUCAUGGCCUUUGGCUUUCUGAACUACUUUCGAGACACUUGGAAUAUAUUCGACUUCAUCACAGUUUUGGGAAGCAUCACAGAAAUAGUGGUAGACUUGCAGUCAAUUGAGACCUUCAACAUGGGCUUCCUGAAGCUGUUCCGUGCAGCCAGACUGAUCAAGCUGUUGAGGCAGGGUUACACCAUCCGCAUCCUGCUCUGGACCUUUGUCCAGUCCUUUAAGGCUCUCCCCUACGUUUGUCUGCUCAUUGCCAUGCUCUUUUUCAUAUAUGCAAUCAUCGGAAUGCAGGUUUUUGGAAACAUCAGACUGGAUGAGGAGACUCACAUCAACCAACACAACAACUUCAAGACCUUUUUUGGUGCUCUGAUGUUGCUAUUCAGGAGUGCCACGGGGGAGUCGUGGCAGGAGAUCAUGCUGUCAUGUUUAGGGGGGCAGAAGUGUGAGCCAGACCCCUUAGCUCUAACGUCAGACCAUGAGGAGCGCUGUGGAACUGAGUUUGCCUACUUCUACUUUGUCUCCUUCAUCUUCUUCAGCUCAUUUCUAAUGCUGAAUCUGUUUGUGGCUGUAAUCAUGGACAACUUUGAGUACCUCACCCGGGAUUCCUCGAUAUUGGGGCCUCACCACCUGGAUGAAUUUGUUCGUAUCUGGGGUGAAUAUGACCGAGCUGCUUGUGGAAGGAUUCACUAUACGGAGAUGUACAAAGUAGUACGCACUAUUUCACCUCCCCUGGGCUUUGGAAAGAACUGCCCUUACAGGGUGGCCUGCAAGAGGCUGGUGCUGAUGAACAUGCCUGUGGAUGAAGAGAUGUCGGUUCACUUCACCUCCACCCUUAUGGCCCUGAUCCGAACCGCCCUCGAGGUGAAAAUAGCCAGAGGAGGGGAGGACCGAGGUCAGAUGGAUUCAGAUCUACAGAAGGAGAUAAGUGUCAUUUGGUCACACCUUUCACAGAAGACCCUGGACCUGCUCGUCCCCAUCCACAAAGCCAGUCAUAUGACCAUUGGGAAGAUCUAUGCAGCCAUGAUGAUCAUGGACUACUACAAGCAGAGCAAAGCCAAGAAGCUCAGGCAACAGCUGGAGGAGCAGAAACACGCUCCCAUGUUCCAGCGUAUGGACGCUUCCUCUCUGCCUCAAGAAAUCCUCUGCAGUGCCAAAGCCCUCCCUUUCCUGCCCCACAGCCCUGGAUCUGCCCUGACCAGAGGAGGAUUUGUGGCCUUGAGUCCCAUAUCCCCUCAGGAGAUGUUCAUGCAGCCCAUGUCCCAGGACCUAGAGGACAAAGGGGAGGACUACCACAACUAUCACCACCACCACCUGCUCCACCACCAGCUCCACACACUGGUUCCGGAGCGCAAAGAGUUUAACCGCAACCUUUGCCCCACUAACAGGCAGGAUGCCCCACUCAGGGUGCCCGGGCGGGCAGUCUCUAUCCGAGCCUCCUCUAUGCCUCGGCUGGCUGUAGACACACAGGUGGGGACAGACAGCAGCAAAUCAAUGAAGCGCUCCUUCUCCACUAUUGGGGAUCAAUGUGUGAAUGGCCUGUGGCAGGAGGAGUACUCUCUGAAGAGGGUCAGUCCUGACCGUCUGAACAGACCACGACAGAGGAGCAUCAGAGGAAUCAGGUGCAACCUCAGGGAACCAGUGGAUCAUGAGCGGGGGCGCUCCAAAGAGAGGCGCCACCUGCUGUCUCCCGACGUGUCCCGCUGCAACUCUGAGGAGCGGAGCCAGGACCCGUCACAGGAACGCAAGCAGUCCCGUUCCCCCAGUGAAGGACGCACACAUGCCCUCCACAGACAGGGCAACACUUCAGGCACCCCAGACCUGUCCAGCACACCCCGCGGCCGGCGCCAGCUCCCCCAGACGCCCUUGCGGCCACGCCCUCACAUCUCCUACUCCCCCCUGGUGUGCCGAGCCCACCUCUCCCCCCCUGCUGCCAGUGAGGGCAGAGCCCGGACCCAGGAGGCCCCCGGAGAGAUGGAGGAUCCCUCAUUGAGAGAGGAGGGGGAGAGGCUAGCCCCAGAGUCAGGAGCGGGGGUGGGGGUGGUAAUAGGGGUGGGUGGCCCAGGGUUAGGGGUCAGUCACCCGCACCCCUCACCUCACCGGUACAUCUCGGAGCCGUACCUGAUCCUGCACGAGGAGCUACACAGCCCAGACUCCUCAGGCCUGGAUGAGACUCUGACCUUCGAGGCGGCCAUUGCAACCAGUCUGGGCAGGGCCAACACCAUCAGCUCUGCCCCCCAGCUCAGACACAACUGGCAGGUCCCCAACGGACACUUCCAUAAACGCCUGGGUCAGGCCAGCUCUGUGGUUGCCUGCGAGCUCUUGAGUGAUACCGACGAGGAUGACCGCUGUUAGGGCCGGGACUUGGAGAAGAAGAGGAGGAAGAUGGACAGCAAAACUGGGUAUCAGAAAGACAGGGGUCCUCAGUUUGAAGCACACUGUCAGGUCGUGUACUGAGUGUGUAUCUGCACUCUUAGAAAAAAAGGGAUCCAAAAGAGUUCUUCAGCUGGCUCCCGAGUGGCGCAGCAGCCUAAGGCAUUGCAUCUCAGUGCUAGAGGCGUCACUACAGACCCUUGUUUGAUCCUGGUUUGAUCCCGGGCUGUAUCACAACCGGCUGUAAUCGGGAGUCCCAUAGGGCGGCGCACAAUUGGCCCAGCGCCGUUCCGGGGGAUUUGGCCGGGGUACGCUGUCAUUGUAAAUAAGAAUUUGUUCUUUAACUGACCUGCCUAGUUAAAUAAAGGUUCAAUAGGAGAACCCUUUUUAGUUCCAGGGGGAACCCUUUUGGGUUCCAGGUAGAAUCCUUUUGGGUUCCAUGUAAAACUCUCUGUGGAAAGGGUUCUACAUGGAACCCAAAAGCAUUCUACCUGGAACCAAAAAGGGUUCCUUAAAGGUUCUAGAUAGCACCUUCUUUUCUAAGAGUGUGUGUUUCUAGGAGUGCAAUAUGUUUGUCAAAUCAACAAGACAAGGAAGAUAUGGGGACUGCUGACGUACAGUGCAAACGUUCACCAGUUGCAUUUUGAUUAAUAACAAAGUUGAAUAACUCAAGAUGUAAAGAAUGUUUCCUCACUUCUUAGACCUAUGAAACAGAGUAAGUAUGUGUUAAGUACAGUGUGUAGCAGAAAAAUAGUAUGUGGCACUGAAGUAUCAGGAAUGUAUUGAAAUUGUACUCUUUUCCUCCUGUAAGAUAAGAAGGAAGUUCUCAGUUAUUAGAUCUUUAUGGAUGAUGACACAGUGUUAGGUGUGUAGGGAUCUGAAGCAGACAUUGGUUGUCACAGACACUGCUUUAAAACAACUCUCUUCUCUCAUCUCACACUACAUCAAUGGGGUAUUUCUCAGGCAGUGACGUCUACUAAAUGGUUCUGUGUCAGUCAGCCAAUGGGGAAGAAGGUGUCACAACAGAAAUGACCGUAUGCACCAGUUAACUCACCGAUCAUGAGCUCUCACCUGAGAACAAAAAAAGGUUGUUGAACAAAGAGAGGAAAGGCCUUUCCAUUUGUUGUAAUGUUCUCUCCAGUAGAUAUGACAAUCUACUUCAAGACGAGACAAGGACCUGACCUUUCCCUGAUAGAUGCUGUACAUUUCCAGAGCUCUGGUGCUUUGAUCCCUCUAAAGUCAGGUGUUCCAGCGUCAUUCCAUGUCAAUGACGCUGGAAUGUCAUGGAAUGUCAUUGUCAGCCUAAAUAUGUUGGGUUCUUGUGUGCCCUUCAGUGUGUCUGUGGACAGAGGACCCUCUUCCCUGCUUUUGUUUGUUUGUGACUGUCACCUCACUGGAUUACGCAUGAUGUCCACUGUGAGGCCCUGGAUGAGGUCCAGCCCUGAACUAUAGACCCUCACUGGACAGCAGCAAAACUGGCCUCUUGUACAGAACAAUAUGGAAACAACAGACAUAGCAUGUCCAUGUGCUGGAUACUACUGACAAAUAUAGUCUACAAAGCCAUUUUUCCUGUAAAUAGGAUCAAGUGUCUUGAGGAUGUGUUGCCUUUUAUGUCAUAAUGAAUACUAUCUGUCCUUUGAUGCAAAUUAUUUCAAUAUGGAUGUGUUUAUGGAUGAUUCCUAACUAUGAUUUAUUUGUAAGUUCACUCCCAUGUUACUCUGAACACUGACUGAGUCAGUUUUUACCAACAGGUUUUACAGUGCUGUAUAAAAAGAGAGUUUACCCUGAUACAGCUCUGGUGUAGCAACGUGAUGGUGAUGGUGAUAGUGAUGAUGAUGGUUAUGGCGAUGAUGAUGGUUAUGGUGAUAGUGAUUCUGAUGGUGAUGAUGAUGGUUAUGGUGAUAGUGAUGAUGAUAGUGAUGAUGAUGGUGAUGGUGGUAGUGUUAAAAUGUGCCUGCCUGUGAGUAGGGUGACUCAGAGCAGUUGACGGAUCCAUGUGCACUCAGUGGCGUUCUCUCUCAUCAGACCCCAACAGAAUGAUGUUUACAUUUUGAACAGUGAUUGUUGCCAAAAAGAGAGCUUAUAUUAUAUCAUGUGCCGUGUUGUAAUUUGUUUUGUUGACAUGUUUCUGAAAUUUGGUCCAAUGUUCUGCUGGCCUAUAUGGGCCCACUGCUCUGUGAAGUUUUAUGUUACUUCUGAAUUUCUGGUAUAGAAAAGCGUUCUGGUAUAUAUGUAGUAUAUAUAAAUAAAUACAUGUCUAAUUUAAA